UUUGCCUGUGCAUGGAUUUCGAUUGUUUUUAGAAUUUUUUCCUUUCAAUAUUAGGUUUUGUUAUUUUGAAUCUUUUCCUAAUGCUAUGACAAAUAUUGAGGCUUUAAGCCUCUAUCAAAAUGGUUUUAAACGCCGCUGUACAAAUGUUAAGAGAGGCAGAUGAAUUAAAACAGAAGAUUUUAAAAUUUAAUAGUGGAACGUCAAUGCUCCAAGAUCGUAGCCUUUGGACAACACAACAACGAUUGCAAAAUGUUUAUCAGAAAAUUCUUAUGCUAGACUUAGACUAUGCCCUGGAUAAGAAGGUUGAACAAGAUCUGUGGAAUGUUGGUUUUAAACAACAGAUUGAAGCAUUACAAGCCAUCUCUAAAGAUAGAAAGAAUCCCCUGCGCAGUGAAGGCCAGGCGAUGCUGUCAUGGGUCCUACAAGCAGCAGCUGGUUUCUACCUCUGUCUACUUCAUCAAAUCUGUGCGACAUUCAAAUUGGAUCUACCAUUUAGACGGCGUGCAUCUCUGCUAGGUAUAAUGUUAGUGUACAUUGCGUGUGCAGUGAAGGUGUGGCUGCAGUGGGCGGGGCUGCGCGGCGCGGCGUGGCGCGCGCGGCCGCAGCUGUGGCCCGCGCUCGCGCACACGCUCUCCGCGCUGCUGCCGCGAGCCGCCGCGCUGCCCAAGGACCUCUACGAUACUGUGCCCCUGCCUGAAGACGAGGAGUUGCACGGCUUCCUGCCGCUGGAGGAGGCGUUCCAAGGACUGAAGUUCUCAUACCACACAACUUGGGAUACUUAUGGCGGCCGGCUGCCCGACAUCGAUACAGGGCAAGAUGGUGACACGGGCAGUCCGUCGAGUAUCGCCGCGUCGUGUUUCACGAGCGAGCCGGAGCUGGAGGACAAGGUGCGCGCGCACAGGCUCGUCGCGCUCGGCAAGCGGCUCGCCGAACACCACCCCGAACAUUUCACAUGCGAGACGUAA